GGUGUGUUUUUUUUUUUUGGCGCUGCCUCCUCGCCGAGCCGGGAAGGCCUAGAGUGGCGGCUAUGGUGAAGGAGUUGGGGAGGUUGUUACGGGAGCCGAUGCGCGAAGGGGGGGAGCGUCCGAUGUCGAGCGUCGGUGGCCUAGCCGCGGAAACGAAAGAUAUUGCUUGAUGGAUGAGCUAGUACAUGAUUUGGCCUCAGCUCUUGAGCAGACCUCUGAACAGAACAAGCUGGAUGAAUUAUGGGAAGAAAUGACUCUGAGUCCAAGGCAGCAGCGUCGGCAGCUUCGUAAGAGACGGGGACGCAAGCGGCGUUCAGACCUUACACACCAAGCGGAACAUGCUUGCUGCUAUAGUGGGGCCUCAGAAUCCAGCCUAGAAGAAGUUGUGGAGGACUGCCGGGAAGUGCUAACUGCUUACUUUAGUGAUUCUGAUGACAUGGCAGUAGCCAAACAUCCAACUCUCAGCACAGCUCUCAAGAAUAAACAACACUCGUGGCAUGAAUCAGACUCCUUCACUGAGAAUGCACCUUGUCGACCCUUAAGGCGCCGUCGAAAAGUUAAGCGUGUGACAUCAGAAGUGGCAGCUAGCCUUCAGCAGAAACUCCGAGUAUCAGAAUGGACUUAUGAGAAGGGCUGCAGAUUCAAAUCGGCUAAAAAGCAGCGUCUGUCCCGUUGGAAGGAGAAUGCUCCCUGGACAUCAACCGGCCGGGGACUUUGUGAGUCUGCAGAGACCAGGGCCUUCCUCAGCAAAGGGGGAAGGAAUGAAAGGAUGGAGUGUGAAGCAGAUGAACAGAAACAAGGUUCUGAUGAAAACAUGUCAGAAUGUGAAACCAGCAGUGUUUGCAGCAGCAGUGACACUGGCCUUUUCACCAACGAUGAAGGUCGCCAAGGUGAUGAUGAACAGAGUGAUUGGUUCUACGAGGGCGAAUGUGUCUCAGGAUUCACAGUCCCCAACCUUUUGCCCAAGUGGGGACCUGACCGCCCGUCUGAUAUGGAACGAAUGGAUUCGAGCCUUGAAAAAAUCUCAGAGCCAACAUUCCUUCUGCCUUCUCGGCCUGUUACAAGAGGAUUUCACCCUCGCUUGAACCGUCUUCCCAGUGUUGCUACCCGUUGUCUUAGGAAGGGACGUAGAAGGCUGGUUAGCAAGGAGACCAUCAUGAAUGCAAUGGGUACUGAGAGGAUUAGCCACAUCAUUGGUGAUUCCUGCCAAAAAGAAAAGAACAAAGUGCUGGCUUCCAAUUUCUUCCACAUUGCAGCCUGGGUCCACGAGUUCAGUCCAUUAUCUCCACUGUAUUCCUUGGAUGUUCUUGCUGAUGCUUCACACCGAAGAUGCUCACCAGCACGAUGCUCAGCCAGGCAGACUAAUAUACAUCUGGGACCACCGUGCUCAAGGGACAUCAAGAGGAAACGCAAACCAGUCAUGGCAACAGCCUCACUUUCCAGCCCCAACUCAGCAGCUUUAUCUAUCCACAUAGAUGCAUCAAACCCUGAUCCGCCUGUGACCCACCAGAACUGACUCUGGAACCAGAAUUGAUCCACCAUCCGAAAGAAUCAUCAUGGUCACUCCCAACAGCUUUUUAAAAAAUGCCAUAUGAGACGGUACUAAAAGCAGGCCAUUCUUCUAUUGGCAACUAGUUCUGUUUUUUAAUCGGUUGGACUCCAGAGUAUAUCACAAUUUUUAUCAGUUGCCUUGACUGGCAAUAAAUGUCUCUCAGUAUUAUGUGACAUGUCAAUAUUAUUUGAUUACUCGAUAUAUCCUGCAAAUCAUGUUUAUAUACAAAUGCAAAUGUAAUCAGUGUUGAGAUUUCUAUACUAGUAAUGUUUCUAUUGGUGUGCAAAUUAGGUAUUGCACACCCUUGCUUCUUUGUUCUCAAAGCAAACAAAUAUUGUGGAUAUGUGCAAAAUGUUAUUGUUUAUUGAAAAUGCUUACUUUUGUUACUGACCUCUUCAUAUUUGAAAGUAUCCAUUGUACUAGAAUUUCUGUAUUAAACAGGGAAAUGUUCUAAUUGCAGUAUUUUGAAGAAGCAGACUCUGUCAUUCCAGCGUGGAUGAUUUGAUUGGAGUGAAUACAGUAGAUGUUUGGUAUGGAUUGAGUAACCUGAGUGCUACAGAGCGAUCAUUUUUCCAACAGUUACUUGUUAGAAAAAAAAAUCAAGCACAAUACAGGAAAUCCUUCAGUUAGAUCCCUUCAUUUAGUGAUUGUUCAGAGUUCGGUACUGAAAAAUUGAAAAUACGACUGGUCCUCAAGACGUUUUGGCCAUUGUACCACCCUUGUCACACGAUUGUGAUCUGAGCUUCUGGGUGUCUGGCUCGUGAUACAAUAUCACUGGGAGCCAUGUUACAAAAUUGCUAUUUGCAACCUUUCCUGUUGACUUCAUAGGGAAGCCAACAGGGAAAGUUCCCAGUUGCUCCAGUAAGUGGCUCCUGCUCUUUCACCAUCCUGCAACAGCCCCUGCCCAGUCCCAACUGCCAUCAUAACCCAAAGAUUAUCUGUAUGCUGGUUAAAUCCCUUUUAAGUUGUUCUUUAUGUAGACUGAUCCUUUCUGAUUUUUUCCUUCCAGAAUCACUGGGAUGUCCCAAACUUGAUUUAAAUGAGAUGCAUUUCCCCUUUGAUGCAUUUCUCGCUUUUCUAUUUUCCCUGUGAACGAACAGAAUGAUCAUUUCUGGACUGAAUUGUUAUGUCAAGAAACUUUGAAAUAUAUAGUAUUUUGAGGUGAUUGAUAAUGAAAACGGGCGACCAGCACUCUGAAUAUUAUUUUAAUAGACAUCUGCUGUAUUACCCUGAUGUAUGUUGCUAUAUUACAGCCUUUUAGAUAAAGUAGUUUGGAGCCCUCAACUUCUGAAAGCCCAUGCACACAACUGCUUUUAAAUAAAAAGUAGCUAGGAUGCAUUUGGGUCAUUGUGGGACAUAGUAGCUAUGUUUGCCCUAAAACCCCACUGCCAACUAACCAACUUCCAUUUCUGUUUCAAGCUUCUAUGGCCUUUUCACAGGGGCUGAGCCAUUGCUACCCCAGUCUCCCUUUCCCGCUUGAUUUCUACCCUUCUGGCUACUUCAUGGUCCUCACUUAAGGUUUAUCUUGAUGACCAUGGCUUUUCAUCUUUUACAAUCUCUGUCCAGCAUAGAACAUAAAAAACAGCUCAGACUAUCACUCCUCUUGACAUACUCCUAAGCACAGCUGCAUAAAUAUUGCUUGGUUUCCUAGACACAAAUAAAAAAACUAACAUCAACAACAGCAAAACCAUCCUGAUUUGAGAUUUCCACCUUUUAAAAAUAUUCCAUAUUUUGGCUUUAACUUUUGUUGUAGUUCUCAGAAGGAUGUUCAUUUAAACUGAAUAUCUGUUGGUACAAGUGAUAGCACAGAUAUAAAAGUUUAAAAGGAAUGGCUUCCCAUUAUUCUGAAGUAGCAGGCAAUACAGUUGCAAUAUUUUCCAGGUGAGCUUAAUAUGGGAGAAGUUUUUAAAUUUUAUCUUUUGUGAAUCACUUGUAUAUGUGUGUGUAUAUAGAGUUAUAUAUGUGAAUGGCUAUUUUUUUGAAGCACUGUUUACUAGUUUGUAUUUUUUAUUUUGUAUGUUUUUCCCUGUUAUUCCUAUCGUGGUAAAGAGUCAUCAUAUGUGAGCAGGACUUCAAAAUAGUCCACAUUUCAGGUAUCAGCAUUCAUAUUUAGGGGCCUGACAACUAGAUGUCCAUAUAAUCAGUCCAGCACGCUUUGCUACACUAUAUUAUAUGCCUUUUGGUGCUUUCUUAAAUCAUCUGCUCUUUUCUGUUAGAAAUCGGCUGCAUUUAAUGUUGACAAGUUGAAAAUGAUUGAGUGUUGAAUAGGACACCACAGUAAUACAUUUGAUGUGUACCCAAUAUAUUAGGGUACAAAAAUCAGACUGAAUGGGGCUGCAGGCUUGGGUGGAUCUUGAAAUACAAGUACGCAGCAAUUUUCCCUUGUGGCAUUUCAGCUAGCAAUUGAAAUGAUGCUUAGGAACAGAGAAAGGAUUGGUAUAUUUCAUAUGCUUUUGUAAUGUGUUAUGUCAAUUGAUAAUAUUAAAGAAUUACAUACAGAAAUAACGAAUGUACUAAUUCUAUAUAAAUAUUUGAAUGCAAACAGGCACUGGUUUUGUUGAUAGAUUUUGCAAGAUGUGGUGAUAUGGGUUUAUCCGGUAACAUACUGCAGUUCAUGCAUGCCUUAUUAAAAUAGUUAGUGAUGCUGUCUCUGUGUCCAAGCCAUUAAUGCUAACCAUGUUUCCCAGGCACAGACUCAGAUCUUCAUUAGUAGUAGACUCCUUAUAUUCUCUUAAUAUACUCCGAAAUUGAUAUAUACUCCGAAAUUGAAAAGAAAAGCUCCUUUUAAUCAUAUAUAAAGGAUGCACAAGUCAAUUUAUUUGAAUGCUUUGUGAAGAUUUGAGCGGCCUUGGGGAAAUCACUAUGAUAACUGUUGUUUCCAGAUUAGUCAUUUUAUUGUCUCCUGUAUAAAUUCUCAUAGAACUGAAUGGAAGCUCCACUAUGCCUCAGAUCCUAUGCUGCAUAAUAUACACUACACAUUUAGACAUGCUGAAGAUCUUGUAAAACUCUCUGUGUUCUCAGAUUUAGAGCUGAAAUUUCUCAAAUAAGGUUAGAUUGGGAUUUAUAAUAUAUACUGUAUACUUCAAUACAGUUUGAUACAAGGGCACUGUUUGCUGUUUCAUUAGUUUCUCAUCGCUAUUGCCCUGUUCUUUCGUAAUAUCAACUUUGUUCUGCAUGUUGGUUGUAAAAAAAAAAUGACAAAACAUUUGGAGCUGACAGAGUCAAAGGAUAUACCCUAUUUUCCUGAAAAUAAGACCUCCCCAGAUAAUAAGCCCAAUUGGGCUUUUGAGCGCAUGCACUAAAACAAGCCCUCCCCGAAAAUAAGCCCUCCCCGAAAGUAUUUAGCCACAUGCACAGCCAGUCCCCGCCAUUUCCUCUGGUUAGGGUUGGGGAGACAGAGCUGGAAAUCAGGUAAGAUGGCAAGAGGAGCCCCAUCUUGCUCCAGUCACCCCAAAAUAAUAAGAUCUCCCCAAAAAGUGCUUAUUUCAGGAUUCCAAAGAAUAUAAGACAGGGUCUUAUUUUCGGGGAAACCUGGUAGAAAUAAGCCUAGAUCUAUUGAUUUGUUUCUGUAUUAUGCUAAGGCUAACUUUACUUAAGAAUUUAAUAAAAGUAUUAUUUCCACUCAUCUUUGGAAAAAUGGUUUUCCAUAAAAAAGUUUGAUAUUUACACUUAUAGCUGCUAUUAUAUUUGUAGUCAGAUAAUUUAUUUAGUAUAGUAUAGCACUAUAUAAAUAGGGCCCUAUGAAUUCCAUGCAGAAUAAAUUUGAAAUCUUGGAUAAGAAAUAUACGUCCAUUUUUAAACAAGAAACAGUUACCGGAAUAAAAACAAACUGUCAGAUUUUACUUCUGAUUACAGUAUUGUGGAGUUCUUUAUAAUACAUAAAGUGAUAUAUGGUAUAACAAAGAGAAAGCAGCGGACCCUUGAAGACAUAUUGUCAUGUGAGUGCAGAACUCUUAGGACCCUGACACUUGCAACUUUUAAAUGCUCUGUAUUAAGCUGUGGCUGCAUUCUGAUGUCAUAUUUACUGAUCUGUCAAGUUAGAGUUUCUGUAUCUAUUUCAGUGCUUUUUAUUUUAAUUUUAUAAAACUAUUGUGAUCCAAAAAUCUUAUCAUCUGUAGAGCACUGCUGCUUAUUAGGUUGUUGGGAGUUGGGUGGCUUACAAAUUUAAUUUAAUAAUAAUAACAAUAAAUAAUACACUUCAGUGAUGAAAUAAAUGAGUUUUAAACUAGACCUUGUGCCAAAUCUAAUUAUUAGUAAUUACAGUAUCAGAGAACUCCCAUUAAAAGAAGUGUGCAACAACUUAAUUAAGGCCUGGUUACAGAUAAUGAACAGGGGAAUCUCUCCAGCACCUUCUUGUGCAAAGCUGAUACUGUACACAGAUGUCUCUUUCUAGAUUAAGGUACUGGAAUUUUAACACAAAUGAUAUAUAUAUAGAUUUACAAAAUUACGCCUGGUGUGGAAGGCAUAACACAAGGUCAUCCCAAGACACAGUGAAAUAUAUAAAAGGAACUAAUUUCUUAACAUAAUACACGAUUUAUGGGAUUUGCUGCCAGAUGAUAUGGUGAUACAGUGCUGACCAUUAACUUAGAUGGCUUCAGUCUGUUAUUGGUAUUAUUUGUACCCAAAUAUACUCUGCGGAGCCUUCAGCUACAGCUGAAAAGCGGAAGAUGCACGGAAUAUUUCUGACUACAGAGCAAAUGUAAGAAAAAGCCAUUUUGCUUAUAAAACACCCAACUGGCUAUUGUGGGGAAUGAACAAAUCAUGAGAUCCAGCAGAGCUUUUCUUUGUCGCUCCCUGUUCACACAAAAAAACAUGUGAGAAAAAUUCUGAAAAUCAGAUUGGUUCUCAAUAGAAUGAUAUAAUAUAAAGACUGCUCAAAACUGCAUGUAGUGACUGAUCUGUGAGUACUGUGUAUACUUGCUAAGGCUUUGGCUUUCACUGAAUGGCCUAUUUUAGUUGCCCUAAUUAUAUCCUGAUGGCACAUAAACAAGCCCACAUGGAAAAUCAACACCUAUGAAAUAGCCCGUUCCCUGGGCAGAACCAUGUGGACGUGAUUUAAAGUGACUCACCUUGAAAAGAAAUAGCUCAGAAGCUGCUUCUAGUGUUUUCUAUCCCUGAAGGAUGCAGCUUGGUAUUGCAGAUGCACACAGAUUAUUUCCAGUUGGAACGAGAGACCCUAUUUUUUUCUGGAGAAAUGUUCAGAAAUCUGCAAUGCAGGCUGUUGAUGCUGAAACCCUUGUUGCCUCUGUAUAUGAAUUGCCUCUACAGAAUAUCUCUGGGGUGUUCAGAGCAUUAGGAUUAGAUGCACUGAACGUUUCUGCUGAUUAUCCUAAUAAUCUCCAUACGAAUCUCAGUUGAGGCUUCUUGCUUCUUGCUUUUGUUCCAUCCUCUGCAUGAAUAAUGCUGUCCAAUGUUUUGUAAAUAGCAGCCUACCCGGGAGAGACACUCAAUGAGUAACAUUAUUGGAUAGAGAAGUAUAUAGAAGAUAGAGGGAGCCCUUUCUUACAUUGUUUUUUUUUUAAAAUUGUCCAGUUUAAUUUGCUGCCCAUCUAAUUUUUCUCAUCUGCCUCAAAUGGCAGAAUACCGUGUUUCCUUGAAAAUAUGACCUACCCUGAAAAUAAGCCCUAGCCUAUUUUUACGUGUGCGCCUAAUUUAACCCCGUAUCUCAAAAAUAAGCCCUGGUGGGCGUGACCUGCAUAGCGGCGAGUGUGCGCGGGCCAAUGGUGUCUGGCAGCACAGCAGCCCUUACAACAUAGGUGAGUUGAGUACUUGUGCAAGUAGCAGGCACAAACAGAGGUGGGGGGGGGAGGCAGGUGAUCCAGACAUGCUGUGCGUGCUGCAGGAAAGCUGAGUGGUGGCUGGCCAUGGGAGACUCACCUGUGCCUCUUGGCUUGCCUGCAGCCAUGUGGUGCGUCAGGAUCGCCUGCCUUCUGCUCCGUGUCUUCCGCUCUGUGUAGCCCCAGAGUGCGCUGACCAAGGGACUGGCGGGCUGCAGCUGCUGCCUGAUACCGUCGUUCCCUGCAUGCUUGAAGGUUCUUGUGUGUGCCUUCAGAGUCAGGGGAGGCAGUGCCCAGCCAGGCUGAUCACCCUGAAAUUGUGUUUCCCAAAAAAUAAGUCCUAGUUCUUAUUUUGGGGCCCAAAAGAGAAUAAUUUUCAGGAAAACACUGUAUUAAUGAUACUUCCAUCUAUUUUGCUUAGGCAAAUGGAGUCAUAGUGCCAAAAUACCUUUUCUCAUGGGAACAGGGAUCUGCAGGUACUAUGGUUAAGCUUUGUGAUUUUUACAUGAUUGAUUUGAAUAUUUUAUCCAUUAAUGUUUACAGAUACUCCUCUAUUUACGAUCACAAUUGAGCCCAAAGUUUGUCUUGCUAAGUGAGACAUUUGUUAAGUGAAUUUUGUCUUUCUUGCUACAGUUGUUAAAUGAAUCACUGAAGCUCUUAGUAAUACAUUUGUUAAGUGAGUUUGGCUACCCCAUUGACUUUGUCAGGUCACAAAAGGUGAUCACAUGACUCUGGGAUAUUCAACUGUCAUAAAUAUGAGUCAGUUGCCAAGCAUCUGAAUUUUGAUUACAUGACCAUGGUUGCAAGUAUAAAAAACGGUCGUAACUCACUUUUUUCAGUCCUGUUGUAACUUUGAAUGGUCACUAAGUGAACCGUUGUAAGUCGAGGAUUACCUGUACUUUGUAAUUAUCCAAUUAUUUUUGAAAUCCUGCUGGAGUUGGUGAUACGUAAAUGCUAUGCAUCAGGUUAGUUGUUACGUGAGAGAUGAUGGGAUUAAAUCAUCAAAUGAAGGUUUAUGCACAAAAUUUUGCACAUAUAAAUGCAAAUAAAUAAAUAAAAGCAGGUGUCUUUCCUUCAAACUACAAAAUCGAGAGCCUACUUUGUCUAUCAAAUCUCUAUCUCAUAUUUCUAUAUUUUCAUAUAGAAAACUAGCAUCCUGGUGGUAGGAGACUAAGCCCACUAGUAAUUGUUAGCAUAGAGGAUUUUUUUUUCCUUUGAGCAAAGUUAAUUAUUUAAGCUCCUUUUUAAGUCUGCCUAACCCUAUAGAUAGCUUAUACCACCAUGAUGAAAACUAAGAAUCCAUGGAACUACUCAUGAGUAAUCUCUGUGGAAGCUUGUUAACCCAGAGUAGGGAUUUUCUGGAUUUAAAUGAAUUGAGAUUCUUGCCCAAAUCAUUAAUAAAAUAGGUACUUCAAUAGGAGUUUGAUCAUUCACUGUAAUCUCUGUAAAACUUCUACUUAUGUUUUACAUAGAAACAGCUUGCAUGUGUAUUUUGUUUUGAGCAGGUCCUGGAUUCUUGAGGCCUUUACUAGCUUUGUUUAGGGCAAGUACUGUAAAAACAUGCUAUGUUGCGGUUUGGGAGUUUUAUCUUAGAAAAUACCUUUCAAAAUAGUAAUGUGCUUCUGUUGAAUAAACGUUUACUGCUAACUGUGA